AUGGAACAUGCUAUCAAACUCUUUUUCAAAAGAAGUAUGCUUCUGAGGAAUAUUGACACCACUGGCAACAGUCAAAACAACAAGACUCCAGUAGACAUUAAUCUGUCAAUGGAUAAAGAGAGUAGUGUUCUAUUGGUGUUUUCAGAUGCCAAUUGGGGUGCAUACACUAGAUCUUAUAUCAUGUCUAUCAACUACUUACUAGACUCAGUUAUUUUCCAAAACUUAGAGCUCACACAGAAUCUGAUCAUAAAGAGACAUAGUACAUGA